UACAGUCUUAUGUAUAAUACAAGAAAUUCACAAAAGUCUAAUAAAAUUACUGUUAUCUAUUACUGUUGCUAUAGUUGCAUUCUUGUUUAUACUUAUGUAUAACCAUCUUUUCUCUGCUUCAAGAUAUUAUUUACAUUCAGUGCAGAUUUCAUUAAAUGAAGAGCAAUGACGAGAAAGAGAAAUGUUCUGACAGUUUUAUUGACAUACCAUGUGAAUCGAUACCCAAAUUUACAGAAAAAUUAUCAGUGGAAUCUUCACUGUCUCAACAAUUGGCAAAAGCACAAAGGAUAUUAAGAGAUUAUUCGCAGACUGAAAUCGCAUCAUGUAAACAAUUAUAUAGACAUGAGAAAUUCUUGGAGGACAAUGAAAGUAAAUGUACGAUACAUCAUGUAAAAAGUUCAAUGAAACAAAAAAGGAAUUUGCAAUGUAGUUCUGUUUGUAAACAAGAACUUUUUGACUUAUCUCAGAAUUAUGUUAAGAAAUGUAUAACUAACGCACAACAAGAAACUCUAAAACAUUCUAUAGAUUUUUUGCCAAGUAGUAUAAUCUGCUUGAAAGAUUUAUCUGAUGGUACAUGGUUGUGGAGAAAAUCUUGUAUGAAACUCGCAAAAACAUGUCAAAUGUAUAGAAAAAUAAAAAAAUUAAAGAAAACUAAGCAAGAGAUGAAGUCAUCAAAAAGAAAAAUUGUUUAUAUAAAUGAAGCAGAAAUUCCAAAAUCUAUAGAAGAACAAAUAAGUAUUUUGUUGGAAGCAAUUAAUAAGCAGCAAAAGCAAUUUGUUAUAAACAAAGACCAUAGUAAAUCAAUAUAUUUAAAAAAUUAUUGUGUUCGUGACGAUGGUUCAGAUUAUUACGACCGUAGCAAUCUUGAAGGAGCAAGAAAACGUAUUACUGGAAAGCUUCGCAAACGGGAAGAUUUUAAUGAACAGCUUACCAAACUUGAGUCUGAGAUCGUCGAAGGUUAUAAACAGUUUCUCGUGACAUCAUGGGUCGAAUAUUCAAUUUUACAUAUACGAGCACCCAUACCUUGGCAUCAAUUCAAACUUACAGCAAACCACUUUAUGCAACAUAAUCUAUUUAUCGGAAAUGAGAUAUUGAGGAAUAUUCAAGAUCUGUAUUUUUUAAAAUAUCAAAAUGUGAUGAUAAUUAAUAUUCAAGAUAUAGGAACAAUUCCUAUACCUGCAUUUGAAGUAGAACCUAGAAUAAAUCAUUUAUGUGAUAAGGCAAUGCAUUUGCUUAUCAAUGAAUGGCUAGCUGAUAUUGCAGAUAUUAUCUUGGAAAAAAAGCAUGUUUGGUCUUGUUAUGUGCAAGAACAUUAUAAUGCAUCUACUGUGUUAAUUGAAAAAUAUUUUCGAAGCAUAAACACACUUUUAUCUAAGCAUUUACGAAUGGUUGUGAUGAAAACGCUCACACAUAUACAAGAUUUUUUUAUGGAAUACAGUAGUGGUAAUUAUUUCAAGGGUAAUUAUAAGGAUCUCAUGUUUUUAAAAACACCUUUUAUGACAAUAACAGUGGAAGCAGAAUUAGGCACGGAAAAUUUACAUUGUAGACCGAGUAUUUCUGAAGUUCGUGAAAUCAUUUCAAAAUGCUUCGAUAAAAUUAUUACAGUCACAACACUGAUUCCAAAAAUAGAAACAAUUCUGUUUCCUGAAUUACGAAAACAAGAAUAUUUGUCUUCUGUUUCACGAUACGAAGAUGUGGUAUACAAAAUAAUUAAUACUGUAUUAGAUAUUGUCAGUGUUCAUACUGAGGGUCCACAGAUUUAUUUAAAAUGUUAUGAAAAUUUACUGUAUAUUGUCAGUGGUCAAGCCAAAAAAGGUUUAGACGAUUUCUUUAGGAUUGAACCGCCACCAUUUCUUCGUGAAUUCGAACAAAAAAUAAGAAAUUACGAUGAUAUCAGACAAGAAAUUAUUAUGUUCCGCAAUAAGAUUUCGCUCAAUAUGAUAGAACUUGAUUGCAGCACUGUAAAUAAUACUCUGAGGCAAAUCUUGUACGAACUUCGAACCGAAAUCUGUGAUUUCUUUGCGACUCAGUUGCGAUCUAAUAACCGCGAGUUGUGUUCCAGUUUCGACACGAUAGCUGAGAACAUUUCAAAAAUGCCAGAGAAAACCCCAGACGUUGUUGCAUUAUACAACUAUCUCUGCGAAAGUCGUGACACGACCAUGUUCAACAUGAAACAAAAACUAUCAUUUUCUGUAGAGUUGAUUUUAUUCCUAUUUGAUUAUCAGCCACCAACAUCAGAUGACAUUCAAUUAAAUACUCGUACUAUAACAUGGCCAAAAGAAAUGGAGACCGUGAUGGAAUUAGCUAACACCAGAUUAAACAUGAGGAAACAGUUCUUAGAGGAUUUGUUACGUGCAAGAAGGGAUAGCUUUGAGCAAAAAAUACAGCACAUGCAGUUUGCAAUUGAUCAAUUUAAGAAGAUAGAUCCACCCGUUCUAACCGCAGAUGAAGUAGACGUCGCAGUUGAAGAGAUCGAACACCUUUCCAAAGGAAUGGAGGAAAUUCGAAAAGAAGCUGAAGAGAUAAACGAAGAAGAAGCUCUUUUGGAUAUGGAACUGAGUCCGUACUUGACGAUUUCUGGCAUGUCUUCCAUAGUGAACACUCUUGACACUCUUUGGCAUACGGUGCAGAAUUUCCAACGGAACCAUGAUAAAUGGUUUAACGGUCCAUUCUUGGGUUUGGACGCUGACGAGAUUAAAGAAGAAACAGAUAACACUUGGCGAACGUUGUACAGAGUGGCACGUUUGGUCGCCGACAUUCCGGGUGCUCGAAGAGUUACCGAAAUGAUGCGUGGAAAAGUCGAAAAGUUCAAACAAUUUGUCCCCCUAUUGCUGAUUAUAUGCACGCCUGGAUUAGAACAACGACACUGGAAACAAAUGAGCGAAUUGGUUAACAUAGACGUAACACCGACAGAAACGACUAGUUUGUCCAAUAUGAUAGAAUUGGGAUUGUUAAUCCACAUAAGCAAACUUGAAGAGAUAUCAUCAGCUGCCGUUAAGGAACAUGCUCUUCAGCAAAAUCUACAGAAGAUGAAAGACGAAUGGUCUGACAUUGAAUUUAAUUUCAUGCCAUAUCGUGAAACAGGUGUCUUUAUUUUAACCUCCAUAGACGAUAUUCAAUUGCUCCUGGAUGACCACAUCCUGAAAGCGCAAACGAUGAGGAGUUCUCCUUUUGUGAAGGCGUUCGAGGACGAUAUGCAAGGUUGGGAGAAUAAGUUGCUGUUGAUGCAGGACAUCAUUGAUCAGUGGUUAGUGUGUCAGUCCACGUGGAUGUAUUUGGAACCAAUAUUUAGUAGUGAAGAUAUUAUGAGACAAAUGCCGACGGAAGCGAACAAUUUCCGAAGGAUGGACAAGAUCUGGCGAGCCAUCAUGACGUACGCUGUUGCUAAUAAGCGAGUGCUGGAUGCCACCGACAUGAAAAAUAUGCUGCAGGAGUUGACACUGUGUAAUACGCUACUUGACGAGAUACAAAAAGGUUUGAACGACUAUCUUGAAAAGAAACGUUUAUUCUUCCCGAGAUUCUUUUUCUUAUCGAACGACGAGCUUCUAGAAAUAUUGUCCGAGACUAAAGAUGCCCAGAGAGUACAACCUCAUUUGAAGAAAUGUUUCGAGGGCAUUAGCAAACUACGGUUUACCGUGGAACAAGAAAUCAUAGGAAUGUUCUCUGACGAAGAAGAAUACGUCCCGUUCAGUGGCAAGAUUUUUCCAGCGGACGCAAAAGGUUUGGUCGAACGAUGGCUGUGUCAGGUUGAGCAACUCAUGGUAGCUUCUCUUCGUGAUAUUGCCGAAGAAAGUAUUAUUGCGUAUUUUACUGCUAUUAGGGAAGAGUGGAUACUCAGUUGGCCCAGUCAGAUUGUCAUUUGCGUUAGCCAAAUACACUGGACGAGCGAAGUUUGUGAGACAUUUGAGGACAACUCUACUCCUGAUUAUUUACAGAAAUGUAGUCAACAGAUCGAAACCACUGUUACUUUAGUAAGAGGUAAACUGGACCCAGGUGCAAGAAUAACGAUCAACGCUUUAAUUGUAAUGGACGUGCACGCCCGAGACGUAGUAAAGCUACUAGUUGAAAAGAACGUGGCUGAUGUUAUGGACUUUAAUUGGAUAUCACAAUUAAGAUAUUAUUGGUUGGACAACAGUAUCAUUGUAUCGAUAAUCACAACUAACGUAGCAUACGCUUUUGAAUAUCUUGGUAAUACGUCAAGAUUGGUGAUAACACCUUUAACGGAUAGAUGUUAUAGAACGUUGAUGAGUGCGUUGAAAUUAAACUUAGGAGGUUCGCCAGAAGGUCCAGCGGGAACUGGUAAAACAGAAACGGCGAAAGAUUUAGCAAAAGCUGUUGCUAAACAAUGUAUUGUCUUCAACUGUUCAGACGGGCUUGAUUACAUGGCAAUGGGUAAAUUCUUCAAGGGUCUCGCCCAGUCUGGGGCAUGGGCCUGCUUUGACGAAUUCAACAGAAUUGAAUUGGAGGUUCUCUCGGUGAUUGCCCAACAAAUUCUGUCCAUUCAAAUGGCUAUAAGCGCGAAUUUAGAGAAAUUCCUAUUCGAAGGUACCGAAAUAAAGUUAAAUCCCACUUGCUACAUCAUUAUAACAAUGAAUCCUGGUUAUGCUGGACGUCAAGAGCUUCCUGAUAAUUUGAAAGUCCUUUUCCGCACAGUAGCGAUGAUGGUACCGGAUUACGCCAUGAUUGGGGAGAUUACUUUGUAUUCCUUCGGUUUUAUCGACGCCAAAAAUCUUGCAGAGAAGAUAGUUCACACUUAUAAGUUAUGUUCUGAGCAAUUGAGCUCACAGAAUCAUUACGAUUACGGUAUGCGAGCUGUGAAAACUGUGCUCACUGCAGCUGGAAACUUGAAGUUAAAAUAUCCAACAGAAAACGAAUUUAUUUUAAUUCUACGAGCUAUUAUAGAUGUUAAUUUGCCGAAAUUCUUGGCACAGGACAUUCCACUGUUUAAUGGAAUCUAUACAGAUCUGUUUCCAGGUAUCAGUUUACCAAAACCAGAUCGUGAUGAAUUGAUUAACUUAUUGAGAGUCACGUUAGAGAAACGUAAUUUACAAGAUACACCGUGGUAUAUGGAGAAGAUUAUCCAAAUCUACGAGAUGAUUUUAGUACGUCAUGGUUUGAUGGUCGUUGGACAUACGUUAAGUGGAAAAACAAAGGCAUAUCAAAGUCUGGCUGAAGCUUUGGGCGAUUUGGCUGGUAUACGGCGAGCUACCAUGAGGGAAUAUCCUACCAUUUAUAAGAUAAUUAAUCCAAAAGCAAUUACAUUGGAUCAACUUUACGGCAAUUUUGAUCCACUGUCACACGAAUGGAACGACGGAGUUUUGGCUAACAUUUUCAGGGAAUUCGCGCAAUCAAUAUCGAUCGAACGCAAAUGGAUUGUAUUUGAUGGACCUGUUGACGCGGUGUGGAUUGAAAGCAUGAAUACUGUACUCGAUGAUAACAAGAAAUUAUGUCUGAUGUCGGGAGAGAUCAUACAGAUGUCGUCUAAAAUGAAUAUGAUGUUUGAGCCAGCUGAUUUGGAACACGCUUCUCCGGCCACUGUUAGCAGAUGUGGAAUGAUUUAUAUGGAACCAUCUCAGCUUGGUUGGAUGCCGUUAUUUGAUUCCUAUAAAAAGUAUUUGAAAAAGAAAUUACUUAUUGAACAGUAUGAACUCGUCAUAGAACUAGUUGAAUGGCUGACGAUGCCUACUCUGUUCUUUGUGAAACAUUACUGUAAAACGUUCAUUGAAAUGCCAGAACUACACAUGUUCCAGUCCUUCACAAGACUUCUUACUACAAUGCUAGACGAAGAAACACAAGUCAGCACAGUGUGGCUUCAAUGUAUUUUACUGUUCAGUAUAGUUUGGGGAAUGUGUUCGACAUUAACGAGCGAUAGCAGAAAGACUUUUGAUGUUUAUUUUAGAAAGCUAGUACUUGGAAACGACGAAAUGUAUCCUAAACCAAAAGCAUUUAAAUUAACCAAGCAACAAUUGUUUCCUGAUAAAGGUACUGUUUAUGAUUGGAUAUAUGAUAAAAGAAAUAAUGGAUGCUGGAUAGCUUGGAUGGACCCAACAUUUCAGGCAUCUUUAUUGCCAGAAUUAAAAGAUAAUCAACUAAUUAUACCAACGACCGAAGUAGUAAUACAGCAUUUUUUCAUAAAGAAUCUUCUUCAUGUAAAAAUACCCAUUUUAUUCGUGGGACCAACUGGUACAGGAAAGUCAGUGAUUGUUUUAGAUCACCUAGAAUCGCUACCCAGAGAAACGUAUAUGGAGAACGUAGUAAACUUCAGUGCCCGUACGAGUGCUGCGCAAACUCAAGAAAUAGUGAUGUCGAAGUUAGACCGUCGAAGAAAAGGGGUUUAUGGACCACCAAUGGGGAAAAAGUGUGUACUGUUCGUCGAUGAUUUAAGUAUGCCACAGAAAGAAAUGUAUGGUGCACAACCACCGAUCGAACUGAUUCGACAGUGGUUAGAUCAUGGUUAUUGGUUCGAUAUCAAAGAUACCACAAUGUUGUAUCUAGUGGAUAUGUUCUUGGUUUGUGCAAUGCAACCACCUGGAGGUGGUUCAAAUGUAGUCACACCUAGACUAACUCGGCAUAUGCACGUAAUCGGUAUAGAUUUUUUCGAGGAAGCCACAAUGACCAAAAUUUUCUCGUCGAUUCUCGAAACACACUUUGGCAAAGGAUUUAUUCCAGAAGUUUCUAGACUAGGAAAGAUGGUGGUGACCGCCACUAUGGAUGUAUUUCUUGGUGCUAUAAAGACCUUCCUACCUACUCCGGCCAGAAGUCACUAUAUCUUUAAUUUGCGUGAUUUUAGUCGAGUCAUUAAGGGUAUACUUUUAGUACCAGCCUCCAGAAUGGACAAUCCUGAUAAAUUGAUCAGACUUUGGGUUCACGAAGUAUACAGGGUCUUUCAUGAUCGGCUGAUUGACAGCAAUGACCAGGAGAUGUUGUUUGAAAUGGUUCGAUAUACCUGCUACGACCAGUUGCGACAACCAUUGGAGAAAGUACUCGCCAGGUUGUUAGGGGAAGAGGAGAAAGCAAUUCGAAGUUCUCAUAUACGCGAUCUGUUCUUCGGUAAUUACAUAGAACCCGAUGCUGAUCCCAAAAUAUACGAUGAAGUGAUCGAUUUAGAAGAUCUGCAAACGAAAAUGGAUUACUACUUGAUGGAAUACAACAUGUUGUCGAAGACACCGAUGUCUUUGGUUUUGUUUCGAUACGCCAUCGAACAUAUAUCUCGUAUAUCACGAAUUCUUUUACAAGAAAAUGGCCACGCUCUUUUGAUAGGAAUGGGAGGAUCUGGCAGAAGUUCUUGUGCCAAAUUGGCGAGCAAUAUGUGCGAGUACGUAAUGUACCAAAUCGAAAUAUCAACAUCCUACGAAUUCCCGGAAUGGCGCGAAGACAUGAAAAAUUUGUUGCUCCGCGUGGGAUGCGAUGGAAAAUCCACAGUCUUUCUCUUCGGCGAUUAUCAAAUAAAAAGCGAAUCCUUUAUUGAAGACAUAAAUAUGAUCCUAAAUACGGCUGACAUACCAAACUUGUACAAUACGGAAGAGAAGGCUGCGAUUUUGGAGAAAAUGAUGAGCGUGAUGCAAGCGACAGAAGGGAAGAGAGCUGAGACUACACCAACGAUCCUUUACAACUUAUUCCUUGAAAGAAUAAAAAAGAGCCUUCAUCUGAUCCUGACGAUGUCUCCUAUAGGGGACAAAUUUAGAAACCGUUUGAGGAUGUUCCCUUCCCUGAUAAACUGCUGCACCAUAGACUGGUAUACUGUCUGGCCAGAAGAUGCAUUAGAAAAAGUAGCUCAAAUGUUUUUGCAAAAUGUUAACAUUGACGAAACCCUUCGAAAAAACUGCGUCCUCCUGUCGAAACAGUUCCACAUGAGCAUUGUAAAUGCUAGCGAAGAUUAUUACAAGAUGCAAGGUCGCAGAUAUUACGUGACACCUACAAGCUUCCUGCAGUUAAUAAAAUCAUUCUGCAAAUUAUAUGACCAGAAGAUCGAAGAAAUUACGCAGCAACAGAUGCGUUACUUGACAGGAUUAGAGAAGCUGGACUUCGCAGCAGGACAGAUAGCAGUAAUGAAGGAAGAGCUGCAGGCCUUGCAACCAAAGUUGUUAGCGCAGUCUGAACUUAGCAAUAAGCUUAUGAUUCGAAUAGAGCAGGAUACCAUCAACAUAGAAGCAAGGAAGGAAGUCGUAGCAGCCGAAGAAGCUUUAGCGAAUGAAGCAGCCGCAGCUGCUCAAGCAAUAAAAGACGAUUGCGAAAGCGAUUUAGCUGAAGCUACUCCUGCGUUGGAAGCCGCCUUGGUGGCCCUUGACACCUUAAAACCUGCGGACAUCAGCAUCGUGCGGUCCAUGAAGAGUCCUCCUGCAGGUGUACGUUUGGUAAUGGAAGCUGUCUGUGUUCUAAAAGGAGUUAAACCAGAAAGAGUUCAGGAUCCAGCAACUGGUCUCAUGACGGAGGACUACUGGCCCGCCUCUAUAAAGAUCCUUGGCGACAUGAGAUUCCUCGACAGCCUGAAGAAUUUCGACAAGGACAACAUACCGCCAGCGUAUAUGAAGAGGAUUCGCGAGAAGUUUAUAAACGAUAGAAGCUUCCAGCCUGAAGCCAUUAAGAAGGUUUCUACUGCUUGCGAGGGUUUGUGUAAAUGGGUGCGCGCCAUCGAGGUCUACGACCGGGUCAUCAAGGUUGUCGCUCCGAAACAGGCGAUGUUAGCAGAAGCAGAAGCCGCCUUGGCAGCUCAGAUGGAGGCAUUGAACGCCAAAAGGGCUCUUCUGCAAGAGGUCUCUCAGAAACUGCAGUCCCUGAACGAUGAGUUCGCUGAGUGCAUGCGGGAGAAAAAGAAGUUAGAAGAUCAGAUCGAUUAUUGUAAGAAAAAGUUGGACAGAGCGGAAAAAUUGCUGGGUGGUUUGAGCGGGGAAAAAGACCGAUGGAGCGCAACAGCUGCCAUGUUAGGUGCUAGUCUACAUAACGUUAUAGGAGACGUUUUAUUGUCUUCAGCAGUAGUUGCUUAUUUGGGAGCGUUUACGGUAGAGUAUAGAAAGAAGUUGGUAACGGAGUGGCACUUGUCCUGUUCGGAGGUCAGAAUACCAUGUGGAGAGAGAUUUAACUUGAUAGAUAUCUUAGGUGAACAGGUUGAAAUCAGAGCAUGGAUUAUCUAUGGUUUACCAGCAGACAGCUUUUCUGUGGAGAAUGGUAUAAUCGUUAAAAAUGCCGAUAGGUGGCCAUUGAUGAUCGAUCCACAGAAUCAGGCUAAUAAGUGGAUCAAGAACAUGGAGAAGCAGAACAAGUUGGUUGUUAUUAAACUUUCUGAUCCUAAUUAUGUUCAAGUAGUAGACACUUGUAUACAACUUGGGAUACCAGUUUUACUAGAAAAUAUUAUGGAGGAAAUAGAUGCUAUAUUAGAACCUGUACUUCUUAAAAACAUUUAUAAAGAACGCGGUGUCUUAUAUAUCAAGUUUGGAGAGAACGUUAUAGAGUACAAUGAGAACUUCCAAUUUUACAUGACGACACGUUUGAGGAAUCCACAUUAUUUGCCAGAGGUGGUCGUUAAGGUGACUCUAUUAAACUUCAUGAUCACUCCACAGGGGCUUCAGGAUCAGUUGCUGGGCAUCGUAGUGGCCAAAGAGUUGCCCGUUCUUGAAGAACGAAAGAACCAACUAAUAAUCGAGGGUGCGAACAACCAGAAGAUGUUAAAGGAGAUAGAGGACAUGAUCUUGCACGUUUUGUCCGCGUCGGAAGGUAACAUUCUCGAAGACGAGACGGCUAUUACGAUAUUGUCCAGCUCGAAGACUCUGUCGGAGGACAUACAGGCGAAGCAGGAGGUGGCUGUUAAAACGUCAAUUGAAAUCGAUAACGCUCGUAACGGAUACAAACCUGUGUCAGAACACGGUUCUGUUUUGUUUUUCUGUAUUUCUGAAUUGACUAACAUCGACCCUAUGUAUCAAUAUUCUUUACCGUGGUUCAUUCAUCUUUACGAGAUGUCCAUAGCUAAUAGCGAACAAAACAAAGUUCUGACUGAUCGGAUCAAAAGUUUGAACACGUAUUUCACAGCCAGUAUUUACAGGAACGUAUGUCGUUCCUUAUUUGAAAAAGAUAAAAUAAUUUUCUCACUAGUUCUAUGUAUCGGUUUAAUGCGAGCUGAAGGAAAUAUAAACGAAGAUCACUGGGUAUUUCUGUUGGCAGGUGAUGUAGCUUUGGAUAAUCCUUAUCCUAAUCCUGAUCCAUCUUGGUUGACCGACAGGUCUUGGUCCGAAAUAGUGAGGGCUAGCAAUUUAACUGAACUCGAGAAGUUUAAACAUUCUGUUGAAACGCAGACUUCGCAAUGGAAGCUUUAUUACGACUUGUCUAAUCCUCAGGAAAAUCCGUUUCCGCAUCCAUUUCAACAGGAAAGUGAAAGUUUGAAAAAGUUGGUGAUACUUAAAUGCGUAAGACCAGACAAAAUUGUGGCUGCUGUGAGGAUGUUCAUUAUACACAAUAUGGGACGGUCUUUCGUAGAACCUCCGCCAUUUGAUCUUGAGGCGUGUUAUAAUGAUUCUAACAACGUGACUCCUUUGAUCUUCGUUCUUUCACCCGGGUCAGAUCCCAUGGCCGGAUUGAUAAGAUUCUCAGAGGAUUAUGGAAUGUCAAAGAGGGAUCUUAUGACCAUUUCACUGGGACAAGGUCAAGGUCCCAUAGCAGCAGGCAUGAUUGAUAGAGGAAUAAAGAGCGGAGAAUGGGUGGUGCUUCAAAAUUGUCACUUAGCGGUAUCCUGGAUGAAGGAGUUGGAUAGAAUUUGCGAUGAAAUAAUCAUACCUGAAAACACACAUCCAAAAUUUCGAUUAUGGUUAACUAGUUACCCGUCAGAGCAUUUUCCAAUCUCUAUUCUGCAAAAUGGAGUUAAAAUGACCAACGAGCCUCCGAAAGGUUUAAAAAAUAAUUUACUGAGAAGCUAUUUAAAUGAUCCAAUAUCAGAUGCAAAGUUCUAUCAGAAUUGUAAUAAAAUAAUCGAAUGGAGAAGUCUCCUUUUUGCUUUAUGUUUCUUUCACGCUGUUGUGCAAGAGAGACGUAAUUUUGGACCAUUAGGGUGGAAUAUUCCCUAUGAAUUCAAUGAGUCAGACUUACGUAUCAGUAUUUUGCAAUUACAGAUUUUCUUAAAUGAGUAUGAGGAAGUGCCGUUUGAAGCACUUCUUUAUUUAACAGGUGAAUGCAAUUAUGGAGGUCGUGUAACAGAUGAUAAGGAUAGGCGGUUGUUAAAUUCAUUGCUUGAACAAUUUUACAAUCCUGAAGUCAUUAGUAAUCCACGGUACUGUUUUUCGCCAAGCUGUAUAUACCGAUUACCAGAAAGCACUGAUUACGAGGGAUGCUUAAGGUACAUUCGUGAUUUGCCGAUUGAUCAACAGCCAGAAGUUUAUGGAUUACACGAAAAUGCAGAUAUAACGAAGGAUAAUCAGGAAUCAGCGCAAUUACUUGCAGGGGCUUUACUAACGCAACCCCAAAUCACUGGGGUGGGAGUGGAAAGGAACAUCGAGGAAGUAGUUUUCAAUUUAUGCGCUGAUAUUUUAUCAAAAAUGCGAUCUCAAUUCAAUACUUUGGAAGUCUCUAAUAAAUAUCCAGUGUUAUACAUGAACAGCAUGAACACGGUUCUCCGUCAAGAGCUUAUUAGAUUUAAUGAUCUGAUUGAUGUGAUUACAAGGACAUUGGUGAAUGUACAGAAAGCUAUAAGAGGAAUGGUACUAUUAUCUCCAGAAUUGGAAGAAGUUUUCAACAGUAUGAGUAUUGGCAGAAUACCUGCAUCUUGGAGUAAAAAAUCAUAUCCCUCUUUAAAACCAUUGGGAAGUUACAUCAAUGAUUUACUAGUUAGAUUAGAAUUUUUUCAAGAUUGGAUAGAUAACGAUGCACCAACUGUGUUCUGGAUAUCUGGAUUCUUUUUUACUCAGUCUUUUCUUACUGGCGUUUUACAGAAUUAUGCGCGUAAACAUAAAAUUCCGAUCGACAGAUUGGAUUUUGAAUUUGAAGUGACUCCAUUUGAAACUACUACAAAAAGUACACCAUCUCGUGGAGUUUAUAUUAAAGGUUUAUUUUUGGAAGGAGCUCGAUGGAACAGACAAACAAAAGAAAUUGAUGAAUCAAAACCAAAAAUAAUGUUUGAUAUCCUCCCAAUAAUAUGGCUGAAGCCUGGUAUCAAGACAGAAUUUAUCAUAGAAAACAUGUAUCAUUGUCCAGUAUAUAAGACAAGCGAAAGACGUGGUGUUUUGGCAACCACUGGUCAUUCUUCCAAUUUUGUCUUAUACAUUUUACUUCCAUCAUACAUUAAAGAAGCCCACUGGAUCAGAAGAGGUGUAGCUUCUUUAUGUCAAUUGGAUGAUUAACUUAACAUUUUAAUGUGACAAGUCCAAAAACGAAUAUUGUAUACUUUUAACAAAAUCCUAAUUAUUAAUAAAAUCUUUGUAAAAAGAUUUUAAUUGAUCAAUGACAUUUGAUAGAAUAUCAUUUAAUUAAUAAAAAAAGUUUCAUGUAAAAUUUUUAAAUAUUCAUAAUCAAAAAGUUUGAAAU